GCGCUUUAGUUGGCAAUAGCCCGAUUCUCGCAAGUGGAGCCUGAUUAUAGCCUGAUUUUCGGCGUGCAGCAAUGGCGUAUGGCCCUGUGUUCUUAUUGGCAGGUGCCGCCCUAACCUUAGGAGCUCACGUGGGAUGGUUGAGGUGGAUGGAUGUGCUCGACAACGUGGUCACGCAUCCAGUCACACAUGCAGCACCCAAUGCGUCAGCUUGGGAGCCGCUGCGCCAAAUCCUGCAGCAGUGGGAGUUCACAACCGAGUAUGCGGUGGUUGUGGGGGAUGCCACGCAUGGCCGCCUGUUCACCUACGAAGGCGGAAACUUCACGCUCAAGACAAAGAUUCCGACCGGAAGUACCAGCAAGUGGCCAUCCGCCAUGAUGUUCGCUGGUCUCGUGGAGGACGGCUCUGUCAAGAGCCUGGAUGAUCCUAUUUCCAAGUACCUGCCCUGGUGGACUCAAGAUCCAAAAGAUCUCAGAUCCACCGUGACCUACCGCAUGCUGCUCAGUUUCACCUCUGGCUUUGGGGAUGGGCACCCUGGGGAGGAGGCCAACACGCGAGCAGCGAGGAACUGGCGGGCCAACCAAGCCGCCGACCAAGUUCCCAUCACCAGCCGCCGCCUGGCGUCGCAGCCUUGCAAUCGCACCACGGGAGAUUUGGAGGGCUGUGCCAAGUGGAUCUACGAAAACGUGAAGCUCAUCGGGACACCCGGCCAGGUGUAUUCCUACAAUUCCAAUCACUUGCAGCUGGCCGGAGCCGUGGCCAUGGCUGCCAGUGGGCUGAACAUCAAGCAAAUCAUCCAGAAGUACCUCGUUGAGGCCUAUGACAUGACGGAUAGCUCCUACCCGGUCCCAAAUCCAGACUUCGGAGUCGACUUGGUGACCACCGGAGCGGACUAUGAGAAAUUCAUGGCCGCCCUUCUUGGCCACAAGGUGUUGAGCAAGCCAUUGAUCGAUGCCUCGGAGGUAGACAGCACGCCCUUCAUGAAGGACAUGUACACCCUCUAUGGGGACUACGGCUUCGGCCAUUUCCUGGGCUGCUUUGACAGCAUCAAAGGUUUCACCAAAGAAUGUGAGGAGGCCAAGGUGCACAUGGACCCCGGCGCCUUCGGAUUCAUUCCGCUCUAUGACCGAAGGUACAACUAUUACAUGGCCGUGGUUGCCGCAGAGAUCCCCCCAACCGGCUUUUACCCGCUGAGUGGCAUUCCAGAAUACCUGGCAGUGGCAAUCAAGCCGCACAUCGAUGCGAUCAUCACUGGCAAUGUGUCCAGCAACCCCAUGGAACAGCUCUCGCAUAAUCCACAGUUUUUGUCGCUCAGCUUGUCAGAUGUAAACUACUGUUUGAACUGCAAGCUGAAUCCUAAGCAGUGCAGCUAGAAAGCCCGCCCGCUAGACCCGUACCGCCUUGAGGAGAUGGGGGGGCGCAAUGCUGCAAAUGUCACAGACUGCAUGGCCCGCCAUUGAUCCUCCGUGG